AUGGAUAAUGAUGAUCAUGACUGUACCAACAAGGCUGUAUUAGAAGAUAUUACCAACAAAGAUCUAACCAAAGAAAAGAGUUAUACAGAAAAUAUAGAAGAUAUACGAAUAGAAAUUGAAUUUGAGUCGGUAAUUCAUUGUAAUAUUAGCUUUUACCUACGAUUUCAUCCGCGCGGAAAUAGCAUUUCUUUAAUUUCAUUUUUUUUUCAAACUGAGAAUACUGAAGGAGUGUGGAAUAAGGAAAACUCGAGUGAUACAUUUCUACAAAAAGAAAACGAUGAUGACGAACUGAUACAUAAAAAUUACAAAGAAAAAGACCCUGAACUUAUUUCUACAUUAACGGAAGUAAUUGCUGAGAGUGAGAUGGAGUUGCUGAGGAAGUCCCUUGAAGCAGAUGAAGAUGACAUAGAAACAGAGAACAAUAAUAAUAAAAACGAAGGUCAAGUCAAAUCUACAAAAAAGGAACAAGAGAAACAAAAUUAA